AUGGCAUCUCCAGCAGCUCACAAGCCGCGACGGCGGCGAAAGAUUGAAGAAGGCUCUCUCGCCCAGGUCGCUCACGGUACACUCGAUCUCGACCAGUCUACUAAUGCACGGAAGCCCGCAUUCCCUCUCGUCGCGUUCCUCUGGCCAGCGAAAGGCACCGUCUCGCAAUGGAUCACGAUACCCCUCAUUCUGAUGGUAGUUGGCCUAUUCAGAUGGACUGUCAGCUUGUGGGGCUACUCUGGAUACCAAUCGCCGCCAAUGCACGGUGAUUUUGAAGCUCAGCGACAUUGGAUGGAGAUUACAAAACAUCUACCAGUGUCGAAAUGGUACUUUUACGACUUGCAAUGGUGGGGGCUGGAUUACCCGCCUCUCACGGCAUAUCACAGCUGGAUCUUGGGCGUCAUUGGCUCUGCUAUCAAUCCAAAAUGGUUCGCUCUCGAUGAGUCGCGAGCUCUCGAUGACCCCUCCCUCAAGAUAUACAUGCGAGCCACUGUCUUCGUAUCCGAAUACCUCAUCUGCAUUCCCGCGAUAGUCAUCUUCCUCCGUCGAUAUUCGCGACUAGAAGGGGUCAAUAUCUGGGAGUCGUCAAUCGCGCUGGUGGCUAUCCUGAUGCAACCGGGCACUAUAUUGAUCGACCACGGGCACUUCCAAUACAACACCGUCAUGCUUGGCUUUGCAGUUGCAACACUUUCGAGCAUGAUCGCUGGAAGACCACUGUGGGGGUGCGUCUUCUUCGUUGGCGCGCUUGGUUUCAAACAGAUGGCCUUGUUCUAUGCGCCUGCGGUGUUCGCAUACCUGCUGGGCAUCUGCCUUUUCCCUAGGAUCAACAUCGUGCGGUUCCUCGCAAUUGCGCUGACAACUGUGGCUGCGUUCGCUGUGCUGUACCUCCCAUUCCUGAUGGGUGUCGCAUACGAUGUCUAUACUGGCUUCAACCACGCUCCCCUCGAAUUGCCACCACUUCUGAACCUGAGAUGGUUCAUGACACCAUGGGAUAUGAACGCAUGGUACUUUCCCUAUGUUGUGGAGAUGGGGCAGUCGAUUCAUCGCAUAUUCCCCUUCUCUCGGGGACUGUUCGAAGACAAAGUUGCGAACAUCUGGUGCACGAUCCACACGUUUCAUAAGCUCAACCGGUACCCGAUUGAAUUACUUCAGCGACUCGCGCUACUUGCCACCUCCGCCGCUAUCCUGCCGCCGUGCAUAAUCAUCUUUAUCAAGCCCAAGAAGCAGCUCCUUCCACUCGCUUUCGCAGCCGUCUCCUGGGGAUUCUUUCUCUGCUCAUACCAGGUACACGAGAAGAAUGUGUUGCUUCCGUUGUUGCCAAUGACACUACUUCUUAGCGGAAAAGACGGCUUGCUACCCUCCACUCGCGCGUGGGUUGGCCUUGCGAACAUGCUCGGCGUUUGGACCAUGUUCCCGUUGCUUAAGAGAGAUGAUUUGCGAGUCCCAUACUUUGUCAUCUCACUCUUGUGGGCCUAUCUUCUUGGUCUUCCACCAGUCUCUUUCUCCACCUUCCAGGGAGACAGCCGAAGUGGGCUGAGCAUUUUCAGUAAGAUCCUUCACCUCAAUGUCUAUGUGGCCAUGGUUGCAUGGCACAUUGCAGAGGCAUUCUAUCCUCCACCAACUAACAAACCGGAUCUCUGGGUUGUGGCGAAUGCGAUUGUGGGAACAGGCGGCUUCGGCCUUUGCUAUCUCUGGUGCUUGUGGCGACUUGUAGUCAAGAGUGAGUUGUUUGGAGGAGUAAAAGACAAGACGCAGUAA